AGAUUCUCGACAAGAAAUGUGGCGCUUCCAAAAAAGUAAUUGAGAAUGGCUGGUGUAAAGGAAAUAAUAUUUUCAUUUAUAAUUCGUCUUCUUAUUUUCACCGCCAUAACCGACGGCCAACCACGGAAAUAAUUUUACGUUAGGCCGUAAAUCUCUCUUCUCAAAUCACAAUAAAGUAUCGAUAAUGAUCUGUAAUUUCAUUUAGAUCUGAAAGGAUAGUCAGGACAUGCUGAUUUGUUGUCUUGAAAGUGAGAUUGAUAUCACCAAGCAUUUUCCAAAUUGCCAGGACGGAUUUGUUGGCACCUGCGACCGUGAACAGCGCCAGCGGUGUUCGAUGCUCAUUGUCGCCCAAACUCUGGGCGAGGUCAUCAUCGGCUGUCUGUCCGUGUCUUACACUGGUCUGGGGUCUAGCCUACGCGAUCAUACAUAUUACUACUUUACUAGGAUAUUCUGAGCUGAAUCAAGUCUCGAGAAACAAUGUCGAUGUCAAUGAAUGAAGUGGAAAGCAGAUUGAGAAAUGACUUUUUGUCAACCAUCGAGGAUCCACAUUUUAAAGAUGGGUGUAUCUUCUGCAAGAUUGCACAGGGAAAGGAGCCAAAAACAAAAAUUUUGUUUCAGAAUGAAGCUGCUUGCGUGUUCCAUGACAUCAGACCGUCAACCAAGGAGCACCUUCUCAUCAUCCCAAAGUCACACCAUGGCAACGUCAAAUCACUUGAAAAAUGCAAGAUACCUCUUGUUCAAUAUCUAUAUCAAGUUGGAGAGGUGGUCUUGGAGUCUCGAGGAGGAAAUAUAGCCGACGCAAGAGUGGGAUUUCACUGGCCUCCUUUCAACACAAUAGAUCAUCUCCACCUUCAUGUGGUCUACCCAGCCAAUGAAAUGAGCUUUCUUGGAAAAGUCAUAAAUAGACCAAACUCUUUCUGGUUUGUAACAUAUGAAUGGGCCCUCAACUAUUUAGAGAAGAAAAAAGACAGUCCUGAUGAGAGCCAGACUGAAAUACCGGUACCUGAAACACAAGGUAAACUCUGAUGACUUUGGAGAUUCAGUGUAAGAGUAGAAAGCAGAAUUGCUAGCGCUUCUACGAAGGCAACUCCAGUGCAAUUUCCACAGCAAGGGCUAUCGGCAUCAAAGAAUGAAAAGUCUCACUGCCAGCACUUUCUCCACCAUGUGCUUGUAUUUUACUCUAUGUUAUUAUUAAUAUUUUAUUUUGGAACAUUCAGAAAUCGAGAACAAUUAAGAUGGCAUGUACAGUGCAAUAAAAAUGAGAGUACAAUGAAUAUUAUACAGAUAUUGCCUACCUAGAGUUUGAAUAUAACAUUUCCUCUCCCCGCUGGAGUUAUAUUUUUCCCGAAGCGCGCAGCGACGAGGAAAAAUAUUCUUCCGAGCGAACAAUAUAGCUUCAGAGGGGAGUUGAAAUGUUAUUUAUUAAAAAAAGAUAGACCAGGCAAUAUCUGUUAUAUUAUAUAGUCUAUGUAGAAUCGCCAUCAGAGAUUGCAUUCAUCAUCUGGCUCUCUGAUUACCCAAAAUUCUUGCUGCAACUCUGAUCCAUUUACGUCAUAUUAGACAAAUUUUUGAAAAUACAUAAAGCGCAUUCUUCAUGCAAUCGACAUGUUAACACUAGCGCGUACAUCUAAUAAACUACCUGAUUACACAACUAAGCAGGGAGUGACGUCCCCUUAGUGAAUAUAACGCCGCAAUUGACAAUACAACGCAGUUAUAUUCACUGAGGUGACGUCAAAACCUAGAAUAUAACAAAUGCGAUCCUCGCAGCUAUGGUCACGUGAUGGCAUAUUGACCUAUCACUGAUUCGAAUCUACAUAACCUAUGUAAUAUAAAUUUUUUGUACACCUUAGUUUGUGUACCCAACAGCAGGUAGGCAGGGUAUUAACAUGGACCUAAUGGUAUUAAGGAAUACCGUGCAUGUAGGUCAAUUUAAUGGCCAUAACCCACAGGCCUUCCCUCCACACCUGAUGAGGGUAAUAAAGAUCUUUUCAUAAAAUUCAUUUACAAAAUGGAAUGUUAGCAAAAGAAAAAAAAAGUUAGGUUACAGAAAUUGUUUUAAAUAUUCUCAGAAUCUUGUCAAGGUAGAUGAAGCAGAGUUAAUCAGAAAUAUUAGCUUGAUUUUAUUUUAUUUUUAAAAUUGUUUUCUGUUGCAUUCACAUCAUUCGUAUGAUACAUUUUCCCAUAACAUAACAAACAAUAUAUUAACAAUUUUUUUGGGGGUAUGAAUCAUAGAGAGAAAAAAAUUUGGAUAACACAAUAUAAUUCUAAACAAAUACAUGUAUGAUCAACUACCAAAUUAUAACAGGAGAUUGUCAUCAUUUAACCCUAAAAAGGACUGGGGGGCAUGAUGGGGCCCCCCCAUGCUUCGCGCAAUAAUUCUGAAACGCAAAAAGAUAGCGCUGCAAAAUUUUAUGACUUUUUUCUUUGAAGUAUUGCGCAACUUUAUAGACCAAAUUCGCGACAUACGGGUAUAGCAUCGCGACGACACAUGACUUUUUACGACACAAUGUCAUGCCGAAAAUGGCAAAUUUUUUACUUUGUGCACAAAGUCUAUGGGAGAUGAAAUUCAUAAAAGGGUGAUUAUUUUUCGUUCUAAUUGGUCUGCUUAAUUUAGUUGCUAAAUGGUCUGUUUUAAUUUCGAUUGAAAAAAACAGUGAAAAACAAAAGAUGAAAAAACAAAGAAAUGCAUAAGAAAUUCUAAAAACAAAGAAAUACAUAACAUGAGGAAAAAAUUGGCUUUUGCAAUUUUUUUUUGUGGAAACCUUUAAAUUACAUGUAGAUUACAGAUUAGAUUAGUUGAGAUCUGUAAAAAAAAAAGAAGAAAAUUUGAAGUGAAAUUGGGUGUUAAAUAUGCAAAUAAUGUUUUUCAUUGAUAAAUUUCCAUAUUUUAAUCAUAAUAAAUAGAAAAUAAUUAUUUUCAGAAUAUUUUUACAUUAUCUUGUAGUUUAUGUGGUAAGGAAUGUGCGUGCCAAAUUUUGCGCGAUCGCGCAAACGGCGGCCGAGAUCAGCCAUCAUAUGCCCCCCCCCCCCCUCAGUCCUCAGUACAUCUCAAAUAGCCCAGUCCUUUUAGGGUUAAUGAUCAAUCUGGAAAACCAACUGAUUUUUGUUUUUAAGAAAUGAGUUUAGCAAUAAGUCAGAGGGUACAAUGAAAAUUGCAUGUCCAUUGGGGUCAUGGAUUUCAUAAAGCUGUUCAUCAUGCCCCCCUCUCAGUCCUCAAUACAUCUCAAAUAGCCCAGUCCUUUUAGGGUUAAUGAUCAAUCCGGAACACCAACUGAUUUUUGUUUUUUGAAGAAAUGAGUUUAGCAAUAAGUCAUAGAGGGUACAAUGAAAAUUGCAAGUACAUUGGGGUCAUGGAUUUCAUAAAGCUGUUCAUUACAAAAAUGGUGACUCUAUAUUGUACUACAUGACAUACAUAUCCCUUUUUAGCUGACUAUGACUUAAGAGUCUUAAUUAAAUGCUGACGCAUACAUCAUAUGUAUCGCCGAAUCUUAUUCAUCAAUACGCAGUAGUGCACAUCCUCUUGGCAUGAUCUGAUCAAUGCCGUCAUGCAUUUUAUAUCGCACAUACAUGUAAUAAGUGCAACUCUAAUUCAUACUUAAAUCUUUGUGAAACGACCCCCCCUAGAUAUAUCACUUAUUCAGACUUCUUUCCAGAACCAGAUGAGACUGCCGAUGUGAUUGUGAAACUCAACUCAUAAUGAAGAGUAUAUCAUUUUCAAGUAUCAGAAUUAUAAAGUUUUUUUUUAUAUUUAUCUAAUAACAUUUUUACUUUCGAGAAUUACCUUUUGAUAUAUUCUUGUACUUAUGACAUAACUGAAAUAAUUUUUAUUCCUAGAGUUGUUAUUCUAUAUUGAAAGUGUAACCAUAUCCCUUCUGUAACGCAGGACUGCAGACAUGCCAACCGUUCCCUUUUUAGAGUAUUUGUUCCUCUUUUUUGCUAUGAAUACCCGAAUACAUUUUUUGUAUGAUCGGUUACUUUUUUAAAAUUUUCAAUCAUGGAGUAUGUAUUAUACACAGCGGGCAACACUAGUGCCGGUCCGACGGUCCCAGACCGGUGAAAAUCGCUGUCAGGCCAGUAACUUGUUGCCUGAAAAAAGAACAAGUAUUCUUGCCUACGAGCACAUGUUUAUUUGGUGAAUUAUCAGGUUUUCAAGUAGAGUCAUUUCACGUUUUUUCACCAAUCUCACUACAACAGGCUGGCGAUUGUUAAGUUAAGACAACUUUUUAAAGAUACUCUUUUUUGUCAAAUUUUUUUUUUUUCCUUCUAAGAAUACCUUUUUUUGUUGUAUAAGGUUGGCAGGUCUGGGACUGGACAUAAACCAGUUGUGCUUCAUGUGCAUUUUCAGCAAUAUUUAGUCGUAUUCUACGUGACAUAGGUAAAGUUUACUUUACCUAAUUUUUCACACAUUUCAAGUACAUGACAGCAUACAUUUAAAGGACAAGUCCACCCCAACAAAAGUCGAUUUGAAUAAAAAGAGAAAAAUCCAACUAGCAUAACACUGAAAAUUUCAUCAAAAUCGGAUGAAAAAUAAGGAAGUUAUGACAUUUUAAAGUUUUGCUUGAUUUCAGAAAAUAGUUAUAUACACAUCCUGGCCGGUAUGCAAAUGAGGGAACUGAUGACAUCACUCACUCACUAUUUCUUUUGUAUUCUAUUAUAUGAAAUUUGAAAUAUUCUAAUUUUCUCCUCAUUGUCCUGUGAAACAAAGUUUUAUUUCUCCCUGAACAUGUGGAAUUACCCUCGUUCAACAUUGUAUGGUUCAGUCAAGUUGGUCCUUCUUGUCAAAUUUAUAAAAAUUGAAAUAUUGUAUAAUCUAAACAAUAAAAAACAAAAGAAAUAGUGAGUGAGGGACAUCGUCGAUUCUCUCAUUUGCAAGUGACUAAAUUGUGCAUAUAACUAGUUUGUGAAAAAUAAGCGAAACUUUAAAAAUGUCAUAACUUUCUAGUUACAUCAGAUUUUGAUGAAAUUUUCAGCAUUAUGCUUGUCUGAUUUUUCUGGGGCGGACUUGACCUUUAACUAAACCAGAGCCAUAUUUUUUUGCGAUAUCAAGUAAACGUUUUCCAGGUCUAAAACAGAAAAUUACUAAGAAGCAUCAGGAGGGGGAAAAAUCACCCUUUUUCUGUCCAAGUACAUGCUCAAAAACACCUUUUUUUUCCCAAUUUUGAGUAGAAGCUCAGGUAUGCCCUUUUCAUGCCAUAUUAUGUGGAGCAGUCAUAGUGACACUUAUGAAUAUAAAAUGACAAUUUAUCCCCAGGCUUUAUCAAUUAAAGGAGAAGUUCACCCCUCCAAAAAUUGAUUUUGAUUAAAAUAAAGAAAAAAAAACAGCAAUCAUUAUGCUGAAUAUUCUUUCAAAAUUGGAGGUACCUAUAAAAUACGAAAGUCCAGACAUUUUUAAGUUUUGCGUAUUCUCAAGAAGCCCAGUGCAAGUGAGAAAGAACCAAUGAUGUAACACAGCCAUUUAUUUGUAUAUUAAUACAUGAAAUAUAUGGAAACUAAAUUUGAUUCCUCCGUGAUAUAAAUGUGGAAUUGCCAUUUCUCUAAACAUACUUUUAAUGAUACUGUGAUCCAAUCAAGAAGGGUCUAGCUUAAACUGCCUUAUUGUCAGUUCUGCGAAAAUAAGAUAUUCAAUGUUGUACUGUUUAAUCAAACAACUUUCUCAUUCAAUCCAAUAUGAUACAGUUCUCAUCAUUUUCCUUAAUCAUUUCUUUUUAUGAAAGGCAACUUUUUGAAGGGUACAUUCUGUAUACGUACGAAGUUUAUAAUGUAUGUACGAUUGCAUAGUAUUGUAUAUUCUAAACGUUAAGUUUGUUUUUAUUGAAAAACACAAAUUUUAAAAAUUGUACUGGUAUAUUGACUUUAUAUUCAUACGAGAGAGGUCAUCGUGUUUGGUGCAUGUAUGUUUAGUAGAAAAGAGAUAUAUAUUCUUAUGAUUGAUGUAUAAAUUGGAAAUUAGAUGAAUAAAAUAAUUUCUGCAUUUUGUA